AUGGCAACAAAGACGAGAUUUCCCCUUAAACGGAAACGAGUUCUGCUCCAGUUUACUCUCGAAAUGCAGACGUUGUUGAGAACUCACAGAAUUCAACUUGUGCCGACAUUUGGGAAGGUUCGACACAUCUUCAUCGGUCUUGGAAUGCUCAUUCCGACCGACAAGCUGGUGAGGCUGCAUUUCGCAGAGGCAGCCAAACAAGCGAGAAUAGCAUCUGCCCAGUCGGAGGAGUGUGGACAACUGGUCCCCUUUGGGCGAGACGGAAAAAGCAUAAAGAACCGUGUGAUGGGUUUAUGUACAGUCCGGCCUGGACGAGGCGACGCUUCGGCGGUGGAAGGGUUGCAGGCGAGAACAAUGCGCCACGGGCCAGGAAGUAGAGCAGGUCUCAACAGGUCUCGUGUCUACAAAAGAGGUUGUUCGGCCAGGAUGGUCCUCCCCACCCCCCAUUGUUGGGCUGGCCUUCACUUCGGCCACUUUGGUCCGCCGGUGACGACCGUCCAGUCAGUCGAGUGA